CGUGCCCUGAUUGAGACCCUCCCACUUUUUGUGCAUAAAAGAAGGGCGUGGCAGGUGCCUCUUUUUACAACAAAAGAGCCACAACACUUUUAACAGGUUAUUGUCAUCUCUAAGUACUCUACGGCACACGGUAUUGGUUGUCAUUAUCAAUUUUCGUCAUGGUGGCGUGAACUGGUAUUGUCAAGUCACUGUUGUGUUCAGUUCAUUCCCUCCUUUUAUGCGAAUAGUUUGGACGCUAAACAUUUCACUGGGACAAUAAUUAUUGUUCAUACAGUGGUCGGUAUGGAAGCACAAGAAGCCUUGAGUGAGUUUGUUGAAGGUCUUAAAGAGGCUUACAGUGAAAGGCAAUUCAUCACGGAGGAACAAUGGCCACCAGUUAGAGGAUACAAGCUGAUUAACUUGCAGUUAGUGGAAGCUGAAAAAGAAGAGGGAUUUAGAGCUGGUUUGCCACAACAUGGUAUCCCUGAUGAUAUGGUCAAGCGUACUCCAAUUAUCCAUGGCAACCUAUUCCAUGUCGAAAAAGGCAAGAAACUAGUGAGGAAGCUCAUCGUUGAGGGUAAUGCUGGGAUCGGUAAAACCACACUGUGUACCAUGCUUGCUGAAGGGUGGGCAGGAGGCAACAUCCUGACACAAUUUGACUGUGUUUUGUUACUUCCACUAAGAGAUCCCUUAGUUAGCUCAGCCUCCUCUCUUACUGGCCUCCUGGCUCUUCACCAUCCCGACGAGAUAAUUUGUGAGCCUGUUGUUCGGCACUUAAAGAGGACAAGAGGAAAGGAGAUGCUCAUCAUUGCUGAUGGAUGGGACGAGCUCAGUGAAACAAACCGUUCAAAAGUAUCUUUUCUAUAUAAUCUUUUGUUUGGCCGUCUUCUUCCUUCUGCUUCCGUCCUCCUCACCUCACGACCUUCUGCUUCAGCUCCUCUUCAUGAUCUUCCUUCUGUGGAUCGUUUGGUUGAAGUAGUCGGUUUUAAUGAGGAAAAUAUCAAGCAGUACAUAGAAUCAGAGUUUGAUCAAUUCCCAGAGAAAGCUACUUCUCUUAUCGAGCAGCUUAAUAACAACCCAGUCCUUGAGAGUGUGUGUUCUGUGCCCCUCAAUUGCGCCAUUGUUUGUAACUUGUGGCACACUUUAGACCAAGAGCUUCCUCGUACGCUAACUGAGCUGUACACUCAAAUUGUUCUUAACAUUAUCCUUCGCAAUAUCAAAAAGAAGUUUCCUGAUUGUCCGAUUGGCCUUAAUGGAUUUGAUGAUAUUCCCAAUGAUCUACAAGACACGUUUUGGUUAAUCUGUGAGUUUGCGUACGAGUGUUUAUUACUAGAUCAGCUGGUUUUUUCGGAAACUGAAUUAUCGUCUCGCUUACCCGAAAGUGGUGACAAGUUGCAUUGCUUCGGUCUAUUGCAGUCUGCUCGAUCGCUUCUACCUGUUGGUCAUGGCUUGUCUUUUCACUUUGCUCACUCGACCAUCCAGGAAUUCUUGGCUGCCCUCCAUCUUGCUACUCUACCCAACGAAGAAAAAAUGAAGGUAGUUGAAGCUCAUGAUGACAGUGACCGGUUCGACAUUGUAUGGAGAUUUAUGUUUGGUCUUGCUAGUAAGUACCACGAUAGUUGUAGUAAUCAGGUAAUUGGUUUGGAUGAUGAUUUGAUGGAUAAAUAUAUGGCGUUUAAAUAUGGUGAUUUAGCUUCAGUAUGUCAUGCGGCGUUCGAAGCUUCAGACCAAAGUCUUGCGAAAAAAAUUUGUAAUGUUUUUGGGCAAAAUCUAUUAUACGGUGAUUUCAAAACUCCUUUUGACUGUGUAGCUAGGUUCUAUGUUCUUCGUUAUGCUGUGAAAUGUGAUAAUAUGGUUAUAAGAAUAUCCUCUUGUACAAUUGGUGAUAAGCUGUUGAAGGAACUAACUGACAUACUUUCAAAUGCGAAUGGUAAUUUGCAAGUACGCGACUUACUUCUUGCGCAAACCAAAUUAUCUGACAAAGGUGUUGCUGAUUUAUUCAAGAGAGCCUCAGCUGCCUUUAUAGCUUUAGAUGAACUCUCUUUAAUUUCCAACAAUUUCACUGAUAUCAUGUCUUCAUUCGUUUCUUGUACGAGCCUCACACAAUUGUACUUAUCUGAAAAUCCUCUUGGAGUAUUUGGCAUUCAGUCACUGGAGACAGCUGUACGAGCAGGCGUUCUUGUUCGUCUGGCAACCCUGCACUUAUCCAACACCCUCACCGGAGAUGCUGACGUCAAUGGAGCACUUCUGACCACCCUUUUUCAGUCCAUUGCCUCUCACUGUGCUAACCUUGAAAUCUUAAGCCUUUCUGGUAAUAAUCUUGGUUUACCUGGAUUAUGUUCAGUUGUGGAGAAUAUUCCAUUACGAUUGAAUCACAUCGAUCUAAAAAGUACUCAUCUCACGAAUUCAUUUCACUCAGUGUCUCAAUACACAGUCACCAGUGAGAUACUAAAUCUCUACCAAAACAGCGUAUACUGUUUAAGAAGUAUGGACUUGACUGGCUCCAAUUUCAGUGGAAGUGCAGGAACUCUCUUACUGGAAAAGUCUCUUCAAGCACUUCAAUCACUUGAAGAACUUAAUUGCUCUGACUGUUCUAUCACCUCUGUCGACAUCGCAAUGCUUAUCCAUCUUCUCAAGUCUGCUAAUGUGAAAUGUAAGAAUUUAAAAUGGUGGAAUCUUGGCGAUAAUAACAUUGAUGACGAGGGAGUAAUCGCUCUUACUAGGUGUUUACCUGAGUUGUUUAUUCGUUUGGAAGGCUUCAGUACUAGUGUUGUAUAUGGUCUCACAAAUGCCGUUUUCCUCAUUGGUAAUCCUGUGGGUGAGGAGUUGAUACUCAUGUGCAACGAACACUUAAAGGUCUUUGAAGAAUCGCAGAAAAUUGCACGGCUGAAUGAGUGGGAGAGAACGUAUUUACCUCCACAAAAUGAAAUGACUACCCAUGUUUUCUGCCAGCUUUGGGAUACACUUCUGUUAAAGAUGAUUGACAUGGCUGGAGCGAUCUCUCCAGCUUUUUCCGGUGAUGAUGAUAGCAUAUUUUUAUGGCAAUCAACGGACGAUGCACUGAACUCUCCCAAUGAUGCUGCCAAUAACAUUCAAAAAACUUUUGUCGAUAACAGUAAUUCCCCUCAAGCUACAGAACGAUCUAGUGAUGAUGACCUCAUCUGUCCUGCAGUAGUGGUACAAAUAACGGAACGGGGGGAGGCAGACUCUAUUGUAUCAGUUUCCGACUCCAGUUGUGAUGAAAGAGUUACACCACCCCUGCCAACGUCACCAGCAAAAACAGUUCAAGCCAGUUCAGAGUUGACUCUCAGUCUUUUAGACAAAGAGCUCAAAACCCUCACAAAACCAAUACAGUUUGGAGUCAGUUUGGGCAUUCCUCAGUACCGACUUGAGGUCAUCCAGCAAGACAAUCGAUUCGAUACGGAAGGUCAGAAGAUCGCCCUGUUCCAGUUCAUUACCAAAAACUACAAGAGUCUAGGAAUAACUUGGAGUGUUAUUGCCGACGCUCUCCGUGACAUUGAUUAUAGGGACUUGUCAACAGUUGUUAGGGAAAAAUACUGCACUUAAUUGUAAUAAUGUGAUUUUGUUCCUUAAAGUAUAUAGACUGCGUGUUGGAUUUUGUUCCUUUAUUAAACAUGUAGAUUUAGUUCUA